AUGGGCUCCGAGGUUAACAUAGAUCCAUCAAACCCAAUGAAGCUCGAUCCACACACAUCUAAGUCUCAUCCAUCCAAAAUAACGACCAACCAGUUGGAGUACAUCAAGAAAGAGGUGGUUGGUCGGCUUUAUAAAGAGAAAAUGGUGUGGCCCUUUACGAGGCCAGUAGAUCAUGAGCGCCUCAACCUCCCGGACUAUCCUAGGAUCAUCAAACAUCCUAUGGACCUAGGAACAAUCAAACAACGAUUAAACCUGAAGUUUUACCACUCGUCAUCAGAAUGCUUGGAUGAUCUGUUCACCAUGUUUCGGAACUGCUACAUUUUUAAUAAACCUGGUGAUGACGUUGUCGCGAUGGCAAUGAAGCUGGAACAGAUAGCGAGAGAGCGCUUGAAGUUUAUGCCCACUCCGGAGACUGAGAUUGGCCCUCAAAAGAGCACUAAAGCGGCGAAACCAGUCAAUUCCGUUUUACAGCCUCAUUCGAUGGACGAUAGCUCCGGUCCACCAGCGCCAUCCAACCACGUUGACGGACUGAAUGGUUCUUCCCUGCCAUCUGAGCCGAAUACACCAGUCGUCAGACCCUCAGUUACUUCUAGUAGCGGAAAGAAGGCUUCCAAAAAGAAGCUGGAUACUACGUUGGAUGAUAUACCACAAACUCCUCAUUCAUUUGAUGAUCCUUCCCGUGAUCGUCGUCAAAUUAAAAAACCGAAACGUGAGUAUGAAGAGCGGAAUGUUGGCAAACGCCUACGGCUUUCUGAGGCGUUAAAAGGCUGUAGCAACAUACUUAAAGACAUAUCUUCCCAGCGUUAUCGAGAUUUGAAUCAUCUGUUCCUCAAGCCAGUAGACGCUGAGGCCAUGGGCUUGCACGAUUACCAUGACGUUGUGAAAAAGGCCAUGGACCUGAGCACCGUGAAAGCCAAACUGGAAAGUGGUCAGUAUAAGACAAAGUAUGAAUUCGCUGACGACAUAAGGCUCAUGUUCAAUAAUUGCUAUAAAUAUAAUGGAGAGGAUAGCGAAGUGGCAAAAGUUGGGAAACUGUUGCAAGCUAUAUUCGAAGAGGCGUUUGCCAAAGUUCAAGAUGACGAAACUGAUAUGGUCCCAGCUCAAGAUGUGCGAUCAAUGGACCCCAAUGCUAAGCGAGCUUCGACCGUUGCACCCUGUUCCACAUCCACUCCCGCUGUCCCUGCCCUUAAUACUGCCGCCACUGCUAGUCAUCCACCUCCUACUGUCCCAGGCUAUACAACAGAUGAGGAAAUGUCUGAGAACAACGUUCGCCCUAUGACGUACGAUGAAAAACGUCAGUUGAGUCUGGAUAUCAACAAACUUCCCGGCGAGAAAUUAGGUCGCGUUGUGCAGAUCAUUCAGCAACGCGAGCCGUCUCAUAGGGAUUGCAAUCCUGAUGAAAUAGAAAUUGAUUUUGAAACCCUGCAGCAUACAACACUCAGAGAGUUAGAAAAAUAUGUCAAAUCUGUCCUGCAGAAGUCUAAACCUGGCAGCAGAAAGUACGUGAAAAGAGGCCCCAGUGGUGUUACACCCAAUAAAACCAGGGAGGAAUGUAUGCAAGAAAAAACUGAGGAGUUGGAAAACAGGUUACGAGAAAUGAGAGGCGUUCAACCAAACGCCAGUUUUCACAAUGUACAUAAUGCUAAAAAGCAACAUGGUGCUAACCGCCUCAGUGCAUCUUCAUCCAGCUCCUGUGAGUCAGAAAGCACUUCAGACUCAAGCGAAUCUGACUCUUCUGAAUCAAAAUCUGACAGACCGUCCGCGCAGUCGGAGUCGGUGCGGCCCGGUGCGGCUGCCUCUCCAUUACCUCAAGCACCAUCCAAUCCACGGGUCGAUACUCCGGGACCAGAAGUUUCCAGCACUACCACCACGGUAACUAAAGUCGCUCCUCCCGAGCCUAGUGUAUCCGCUGACGUCCGGCCAGAUCGUGCCAACGAUCAGGCUACUGUGAAAAACGAUACAGUUCAUCAUGAAGAUUCAUCGGAUACAGAUUCGGAUUCCGGUUCUCCUUGUCGUCUCCCGCAACCUGUAUGGUCCACUGCAGCAUAUACCAAGAAAGAUGGUAACAACUCCGACACCGCUGCAUGUGCAGUGACUGUUUCGGUUGAACCUGAACCUCAAGCCAAUAGUAACAGUAGUAGAGUUUCCUCCUCGGUAGCUCCAGUAACCACAUCUAGCCAGGAAGAACAUGUUUCCGCCGCUGCGCGUGUUACCAAAGCACCCGAGGAAGAUAAAGAGUAUGAGGAAAAGCAGGCUGCCGCCCUGCAGAUAAUGAGGGAAGCCAGGCGCCAGUCACAGUGGAGUUCGAUCGCUGCGGAGCAACAGGCAAACAGGGAGAGGCAAGAAGAUGAACGUCGGCGACGAGAAGUCGAACGUGCUCGUGAGGCGGAGCGGAGGCGAGAAGAGGAGAUCAGACGGGCAGAGGAAGAAAAACAAUCUCUGAUCGAAGCGAGGCGUCGAGAAGACAAGUUGAAACGAAAGGCAAGUUUUUCUCCUGCUAUGCGAGGUGCCCCCGAACGUAUCAACGCCCAUGAACUCCUCAGCGAAUUCGAAAAUUCUGUUGAUAUAUCGUAUAUCGAUGCAUGUUUUGCAAUGCGCCAUUGCUAA